AUGUUCUACCGCAAGUGGUUUCCGACAUGGCUUGCCGUAUUUACUCUAAUCCGGAUUUCAGCAUCCCUUCCGUCAUCCAAUGACUUUAAAGUGGCAUAUGAGCUUUUGCCAGGGUUAUCUCUAGUAGAAGAUCCCUCAAAGAUCCCUCAAAUGUAUGCUGGUCAUAUUCCGUUACGUUCUGAAGACGCAGAUGAAGACGAUGGCUCGAACCUGGAAUAUUUUUUUUGGAAAUUUGCUAAGAACGAUUCUGAUGCGAACACCGAUCGUCCCUUGAUCAUAUGGUUAAACGGUGGGCCCGGUUGCUCUUCCAUGGAUGGGGCCUUAGUAGAGUCUGGUCCCUUCAGAGUAAAUUCAGACGGUAAACUUUAUCUCAAUGAGGGGUCUUGGAUUUCCAAAGGUGACCUUUUAUUUAUCGACCAGCCUACUGGUACCGGAUUUUCUGUCGAUAAGAAUAAUGGCGGAACUGACACAAGUCAAUUUGAUGUGGAUUUGGAAAAAGUGACUGAACAUUUUAUGGAUUUUUUAGAGAAUUAUUUCAAAGUUUUUCCUCAGGAUUUGUCCAGGGAAAUCAUAAUUUCAGGUGAAAGUUAUGCUGGACAAUACAUUCCAUUUUUUGCCAGCGCCAUUUUGAAUCAUAACAAAUUUUCACAAAUCGACGGGGACACUUAUGAUUUGAAAGCACUGUUGAUUGGUAAUGGUUGGAUUGACCCAAAUACACAAUCUCUAUCAUAUCUCCCCUUUGCAAUUGAAAACGAACUGAUUGACAAAAGCAAUCCUCGUUUCAAAGAAUUGACUAAUGCGCACGAAAACUGUCAAAAGCUGAUAAACUCUCAUAAUUCAGAUGAAACGACUCAAUUUUCCUACUCAGAAUGUGAAAAUAUUCUAAACCUUCUGUUGUCUUCUACUAAACAAUCGCCCAAAAAGGGAAGUACGGACUGUUUGAACAUUUAUGACUACAGUUUGAGAGAUAGUUUUCCAGCGUGUGGAAUGAAUUGGCCACAAGAUAUUUCCUUUGUUAGAAAAUUCUUUAGUACACCAGGUGUUAUUGACUCGUUGCAUUUGGAUUCUGAUAAAAUCAAUCAUUGGGAUGAAUGUAAUCUACGUGUAGGAGAGAAACUAUCCAACCCGAUUUCAAAACCGUCUGUCCGUUUGUUACCUGAAUUAUUAGAAAACGGCAUUGAGAUUGUUUUAUUCAAUGGCGAUAAAGAUUUAAUUUGUAAUAACAAAGGUGUUCUAGAUACCAUAAAUACGAUGCAAUGGGGCGGAUCAAAGGGUUUCAGCGAGGAUGCUGUUUUAUUUGAUUGGAUUCACAAAACGAAUAUUACGGAUGACAACAAUGAAUUUAGUGGAUAUGUGAAAUAUGAUAGAAAGUUGACUUUUGUUAGCGUUUACAAUGCCUCUCACAUGGUUCCGUUUGACAAAGGUUUAGUGAGUAGGGGAAUUAUUGAUAUUUAUAUGAAUAAUGUUAUUGUAUCUGAUGAGAAUGGAAAAAACAUCAUGAUUACCACUGACGACGAUGGUAAUGAGGAAGGCGAUGCUAAAAAGGAAGGCAUCAAGGAUGAGGAUAAGAAUGAAGAUUCUGCUCCAUCGUCAAAAGAACAAGCUCAUCAAAACGAAGAGCAACAAGGGCAAGACGAAAAACAACAGGGACAAGAAGAAGAAGAAGAAGAAGAAGAAGAAAAAGAAAAAGAAGACGGCGAUGAUGACGACGAUGACGACGAUGACGAUGAUGACAAUGAUCACGACGAUCACAACAACGGCGACGAUGACGAUCACGAGGACAAUGACGAUCACGAGGACAAUGAUGACGACGAUCACGAUGACGAUCACGAUGACGAUGACGAUGACGAUCACGAUGACGAUGACGAUGACGAGGACGAUGACGAAAAAGAAAAUAAUCAAGGCCUUGAAGAUAACAGACACAAAUCUUUAGAAUAUGAACAAGAAGAAGAAGAAGUAGAAGAAUUUUCAGAAAAAAUCUCGAUGUAUAAACACAAGGCUAUAAUAAUUACCAUUAUAGCCUUUUUGGUUAUUGUAGUUGCCGUUUAUGUGUACGAUAGAAGGAUGAGAAGAAAAGCUCAUUCCACGAUUCUUGUUGAUCCCAAUAAUAGGCAACAUGAUAGUCCAAACAAGACCGUCUCUUGGGCAGAUGACUUGGAGACCGGACUUGGCGUAGACGAUGAAUUAGAGCAAAAUGAACAAUUAGAAGGCGCAGCACCGGAAGAUAAUGACUUCAAUAAAGCAAAACCUAAAUCCAAAACAAAGGAAAACAAGAAGUACACUAGUCUUCCAAGUACUGAAAUUGAUGACUCUUUUGAAAUGACAGAUUUUUGA